AUUCCUCUCAGCUUCUCAAAGUUUUGAUCUUUUCCAGUCCAAACUCUUCCCGCGGGUUCUGCCAGGCACCUUCCCUCCCCCUGCAUCCCACCUUUGAAGUUUGACUCACCUUUUCCACGCAUCCAUCCUCUUGUUUAUAAAACCCAAACCCAACCCUUUUCUCAUAAUCGUCGUUCAGAACCAACCCGCAACCUUUCCUUUCUUCUUCAAUCCGUUCUUCUCCAACACUUGAUUUCAGCAACCAACAUCAAUGGAGAAGAAGACGAUAACAAGCCCUCUCUGUCCUUUCUAUUUAGUUGGCUUAGCUGGGUUCAUAUUCUUUCUCGAAGUUCUCGAUUGGGCAAUCAGGAUUCACAAGUUCUACUCAACUACCUCAGGUUUUCAGUCUUUCCUCCAAUCCCAACUAGACCUUGUAUGUGGUACCAACAAUUCGAAUACUCAAUCUGAGGAGAAGAAAAAGCCAAAUCCUGAAUUGAACAAACAAUUAAGCUUUCAGAUAGAUGAUGGAAAGCUAUGCAGAGGAGAGGUGGAGAUGGUGAUGGAGAAGUUAGGAAUCUCUUGUGACCCAAAUGGAGAGAAGCUUGAGGAGAAACUGGGUUUCCAAGAGCUUUCGCGUCUGUUUGAGGAAAAGGAUCCAACUUCGGAGGAAUUGACUGACGCUUUUGAGGUGUUUGAUGAGAACAGAGAUGGGUAUAUAGAUGCAGAGGAGCUACAAAGAGUGCUCUGCGCCCUGGGCUUCUUGGAAGGAUCAAAACCGAGAGAUUGCAACAAGAUGAUUGGAGCCUUUGACACCAAUGGAGACGGACGGAUAGAUUUCACUGAAUUUGUGAAAUUUAUGGAGAUGAGCUUUUGUUGAACACUUCUACAAUUUUUUUUUUUUUUUUUUCGAUUGAAAUGAAGUUUUUUUUGGGAUCGAUAACCCCAAGGAGAGUUGAACUCAAGAGGUUGGUCCUUUCCAACGACUAAGCUACCCCUUGGGGUUUUUGUUGAACUAGUUCUUUGUACAGUUCCCAUUUUUAGAUUUAUUUGGACCGAAACAAAUAUUUGUUGGUUUGUCAGGAAUGGGAUCGGUCAAGGCUAAUAUGGAUCUGAUUUCGAUCCAGAUUGCUCAGGAUCGAACAAAAAUGCUUUUACCAUUUUACCCUUUUUCUA